CUUUUCCAUUAAGGUAAGUAAAUAGUUUUCUCAUAACAAAAUACACUUUAAACAUUAGCUCGACUUUCAGUACUGAACAAACUCGAUAUUUUUAAAUGAACAUCGAAGGCAAACAAUCCAGUUUCCUUCUUACCAAAGCUCCACACUUGAACACUUUAAUCUAAUAUAAGACACAUUUUAACCUCAGUCUUGCAUAACUGACCUGAUCUUUCCCAGAGAAUCUGAAAGUACACACAUUUAAACUGUAACACUCCUCUUCUGCAGUAAUGACAGCUGAAACCUGAGCUAUACUAUAGAUGUCAUUUGUAAUAUGACUUUUUCUGCUAAAUCAGUUUGAGUAUUCUGUGUAAUAUUUUACUUUCAGGUGUAUAUAGAGUGCAAUACUUUGUUUUUCAGCCCUAAUAUUCAGCUUUCAGGUUUCAUUACUUAUAUACCGCCCUACAGAAAUCCAUCAUGGAGCAACCGAUGAAGAGAAAGCUGACCGAUGACACUGAGAUCUCCUCUGACUGCAUGAAGAUGAGGAUCUCUGACAUGACGCCCCUCAGAAUAACCUCAGACUUCUCCUCCUCAAAAAGACUGGUUGAAGUCGUGAAGACCCCGCCCAAAGUCUGGAUCAUCGGGUCCAGCUACAUCCGACGAGCAGAGGACGCGGCCCCCAAAGAGUUCGGAGCCAAUCUGGGUCUGAACGCCAGAGUCCACUGGUUUGGCAAAGGAGGCCUGAGAUGGAGCGGCGUCAUUCCCCGUUUCUACGCCGAGCUGGCCCAGCAGUCUCCCCCCGACGUUUUGGUGGUUCACGCUGGAGGCAACGAUCUCGGACUCGUGUCUCCGAUGGAACAUGCCGCCAACAUCCAGGCUGACCUGGUGCACCUCCACAAGGCCUUCCCCUCCAUGGCCAUCGUCUUCUCAGCCAUAAACGAGCGUAAGGCUUGGAGAUACGGGAAGCCUGUCAAGAUCAACGCUGACCGUAAGAUUGUCAACAGAUACAUCAGCAAGACUGCUGGAAGCUUCGCUGGCCGGGUUAUUGAGCACCACUCCCUCAGACACUUUGAAAAUGUGUUUCUUCCGGAUGGGGUGCACUUUAACCAGCGGGGGAACAGAAUCUUCUUGACCAAGAUCCGUAAUGACAUCAGGGAGAUUCUGCAGCCAGCUGCCCCAAGCAACAGAUCAUGAAGAGCCAGUCUACACCAGGACACCAUUAUUUAUUUGCUUUCUUUUCUUUCAGUUAUUUUGUUCUUUAUUGUGCUCAUAUAUAUAUAUGUAUAUAAUAAAAAUAUUAAAACAUAUAAUAUUUGUCAAUAAUGUACUAUGCUGUGUGACCAAAUACCCAGAUAUCUUUAUGGUGUUCUUAUCCUUUGAUCUUCCUCAGUGUACCUGUUAUAACCCGUUUCUAUAGUGGAGGGUAUGAACUCUGGAUUUAUUGCUAUUUUAGUAAUUCUAAAGAUGGAGUUUGAAAGACCUAACUUCUUCCUGACUAUUGACCAAACCUUCUUUGUUUCUUUGAUGCACUCGUUUGUGAUUUUCACCCCCUUUAGUAUUUUCUUGCUUAAAAAUGGAAGGGAUUCCAAAGGGAAAUUUGAACAAGAACUAUUUUCCAUUUCUACCCAUAUAGAUUCUGUAUCCUUAGUUAUCCACAUAACAAUUGCUCCAAGUUGAGCUGCCCAGUAGUAAUUUUUUAAGUUGGGUAAAUUCAACCCACCUUUCUCUUUAGAGCCCUGAAGAAUGUUAUAUUUAAUUCUUGCCCUUUUAUUUUGCCACACAAACUUUGAUAUAUUUUUGUCUAAUAUUUUUUAAAAAUUGUUUGGUACUUUAACAGGCAGUGAUUGAAACAAAAAUAACAGUCUAGGCAAUAUGUUCAUUCUCACUGCUUCGAUUCUCCCUAUCAACGGCUAUAUCCCUAUGCAAUUCCCUUAUCAACUUUCCAUUAUUUGCUUCAAAAAGUUGUGAGAUGGAUGGAGUGAUAAUAAUACCUAGAUAUCUAAAUCCAUUAUUAGACCAUUUAAAUUUCACUAUAUCCUCUAGUUCUGCUGGAAAUAUCCCUGAAAGCAUCAUGGAGACAGAUUUGGAUUCAUUAACUAAAUAUCCUGAUAUUUCUCCAUAUUCUGCAAGGUUAUUCAUAAGUGCUGGAAUAGAUGAUACUGGUUUGCUUAUGUACAUGAGUAUAUCAUCCACGAAUAAAGAAAGCUUAUGUUCUACACCUCCCUGGUCUAUAAUUCCUUUAAUUUUCUCACUAAUUCUUAUUGAUUCUGCCAAUGGUUCAAUGCUAAUGGCAAACAAUAAGGGACUAAGACAAUCUCCUUGUCUAACACCUCAAGGGGAAGAAAUCAGAGCAACACCCAUUUACUUUAAUCCUUGAUUUGGGGUUCCUAUAAACAAUUUUUACCCAAUCUAUGAAUGAAUUAUUGAACCCAAAUUUUGCCAGUAUAUUAUACAGAAAUUGCCACUUCACACUGUCAAAUGCCUUAUGUGCAUCUAAACUAAGCAACAUAUUAUCCUCUUUGUUCUGCUUAGUAGCACAUGAAAUAAUAUUUAAUGUUCGUCUAAUAUUGUUAGCCCCCUGCCUCCCUGGAAUAAAUCCUGUUUGGUCAGGUUUGAUUAUUUUUUUAAUAUGUUUCUGUAUUCUCUGUGCUAAAAUGCUUGUCAAUAUUUUUAAGUCAGUACACAGUAGGCUAACAGGUCUAUAGUUUUCGCACAAUACUGGCUCCCUCCCCUCUUUGUGUAGUACUGAAAUAAUGGCUUCUGACCAGAGGCGUCACUAGGUUUUAAGGACGGGGGGGGCUUAGCCCCCAGGAGAUGCACAGGAUGGGAGCGAACAUUUAAUUUUACAGCUAACAAAAACUGAGAAAUUGCUUUUCCACAUUAAGAUUUAGACUUAUUCAGAGAUACUUUACUGUGUAAAUGUUUUACACCACAGUGGCCAUGACUUUUGCUCACAACACAAUAACUCAGAGCUGCCAAGUUGUGACCAGACCUCAGAGAUUUGGUUUGUGCAGGAAGCUGAUGGGGGGUCUGGGGGUCUUCCCCCAGAAAAUUUUGAAAAUUACUGAUCCUAUUUCCUGCAUUCUGGUAUAUUUUAUGAGCAUUUUGUUAAAAUCUUAUUAUAGAGG